AUGACUAGCUACCACAAGCCCGACGAGAAGACUCUGCAGGGACUGAAAGACGUCGCUAACAAGCUCAGGAUCAACUCUAUCAAGGCAACGUGUGCCUCCAAUUCUGGUCACCCCACAUCAUGCUGCAGUGCAGCAGAGCUCAUGUCUGUGCUCUUCUUCAACACCAUGCGCUACAAAGCGAAGGACCCUCGCAACCAGUGUAACGACCGUUUCGUUCUCUCAAAGGGUCAUGCUGCACCUGUCCUGUAUGCUGCCUGGGCUGAGGCAGGUUUUGUGAAGGAGUCUGAUCUGCUCAACCUGCGCAAGAUUGACAGUGACCUAGAGGGCCACCCCACUCCUAAACUGGAAUUUGUUGACGUGGCUACAGGAUCUCUGGGACAGGGACUCGGGGCUGCCUGUGGGAUGGCCUACACUGGCAAACACUUUGACAAAUCCAGUUACCGUGUGUACUGCAUGAUGGGUGAUGGAGAGUGUUCAGAGGGCUCAGUGUGGGAGGCCAUGGCCUUCGCCUCCUACUACAAGCUGGACAACUUGGUGGCGAUCAUGGAUGUCAACAGGCUCGGUCAGAGUGAGGCGGCACCCCUGAAGCACGACAUGGAGACCUACCGCAAGCGCUGUGAAGCCUUCGGGUGGAACACAUAUGUUGUAGAUGGACAUGAUGUGGAGGAGCUGUGCAAAGCUUUCUGGCAGGCUCAGCAGGUCAAGGACAAACCCACCUGCAUUGUAGCAAAGACAUUCAAGGGCAAAGGACUUAAAAAUAUCGAGGAUCUUGAUAACUGGCAUGGAAAGCCCAUCCCAAAGGACAAGGUGGACGACAUCCUGAAUGACCUGCAGGCUCAGAUCCAAGUCCCCAACAAGACCCUGUGCCCCGAACUGCCCAAAGACGACAGACCAGCAGAUCUCAGCCCCAUCCUGCUGCCUUCACCUCCAGCAUACAAAAAGGGAGAGAAGAUGGCUACAAGGCGUGCAUACGGUACGGCCCUGGCCAGGCUAGGCAAGUCCAGUCAGAGAGUGGUGGCCCUUGACGGGGACACAAAGAACUCCACCUUCUCAGACACCUUCAGGAAGGCCUUCCCCGAGCGCUACAUUGAGUGCUUCAUUGCUGAACAGAACAUGGUAGGAGUGGCCAUCGGCUGUGCCACCAGAGAUCGCACUGUUGCGUUUGCCAGCACCUUUUCUGCCUUCUUGGCUCGAGCAUAUGACCAGAUCCGUAUGGGAGCCAUCUCCCAGACGAAUGUCAACCUGGUGGGGUCCCACUGCGGAGUGUCCAUCGGUGAGGACGGCCCUUCACAGAUGGCCCUAGAGGACUUGGCCAUGUUCCGCGCUAUCCCAACAUGCACUGUGUUUUACCCCAGUGAUGCAGUAUCCACUGAGAGAGCUGUGGAGCUGUCAGCUAACACCAAGGGCAUCUGUUUCAUCCGUACCAGUAGACCGGAGACUGCAGUCAUCUAUUCUCCAGAUGAGAAGUUUGAAGUGGGCGUUGCCAAGGUGGUUCGCCAGUCCGACAGCGAUCAGGUGACUGUUGUUGGUGCUGGUAUCACUCUGCAUGAGGCCCUGGCUGCUGCUGACAUGCUGGCCAGUGAAGGGAAGAACAUUCGUGUGAUUGACCCCUUCACCAUCAAGCCCCUUGACGCCGCUACUAUUCUGGAGAGUGCCAGAGCUACAGGGGGAAAGAUCAUCACUGUGGAGGACCACUACAAGGAGGGUGGUCUUGGUGAAGCAGUGCUGUCCGCAGUGGGGAGUGAGCCCAGCAUUGUUGUAACCCGGAUGGCAGUGAGCGGCGUUCCCCGCAGCGGGAAGCCCCAAGAGCUUCUCGACAUAUUCGGUAUCAGCGCUAAGCACAUUGCUGAUGCUGUGCGUCAGACCUUUGCGAACUAAGGACUGCACACGGGAUCCUCCGCUUCCUGCUCUGUUGCAUUACAACCACCUUUCGGUCCACCGUGCAGCUACCUGACAUGAUCACAUGAAGACCUGUAGAUCUGUUAACUUUUCUGAAGUGCCAUCUUUAUGGCAUCACUCAAGUGCAGUGUUCUUCCGCUGUAUUCUUAUUGCAAAGAGAUAUCAAUAGAAGUGCAGUGUUGUUGAAGCCUGUUGUUUUACUAUUUCUCCCUCUUGCACACCUUCUUCUCCCUGUGGUUUCUUCUGAGUCUGUAACAUUCCUUCUCUGGUACAAAAUGUUGUCCUGCAAAUUGCCCAACCAAAAUUCCAACAUAUGAUAAUAAAGUUGGAUUAAAAUCUGUGCCAGCAGCUCAUCUAGGUUCUGGUCUAUUGUGAACUGUCAGGCUAUGACUUAGUUCAUCAUUCCAGCAUUACCCGUCACAUUCCUUUCCACCAUGCCCAAUGUUUUUCUCCCUCAGCUCAGUGUUCCUAAUUCACUUUUCCUUAAAACUGUUACUGUUUGGCAUUAAUAUCAUGUUCUAAAUCCUCAUUUUUAGUUUAAACUCACAGCUUUUAGCACUUAGCUGUGUUAGAAAACAUUUUCUUUAACCUCUGUGUGUAAAUCACUUUAGUUAUAAACGGUUUGAACAUUCCUCUGGUGAUUCCAGGCCACACAGCAUCACACUUUGUUACUGAUGUUCCAGGUCACCAGUGUCAUCCUGUCAUAGCUGUGUUGUGCUAAAUAAAAAAAGUAACCAAAUUCAA